AAACCACCAGCAUGCACUUCAUUAACGUCGGGCAGAAAGUACGUUUUUAAUCUGCAAUAUUUAAGGUCAGAUGUUUCUUUUGUUUUCUAUAUUUAGCUUCACUGGCUGUGGCCGUGUCACUAGCUGACAAUUGAGGCACCCUACGACAUUCACUUCUCUGAAAGUCAAAAUGGCUCUAGCAGCUGCACAAACCAGGUCAGUCUUAUUUAUCAAACGCAAAUAUCUGCAUGCUUUGAGGAAAACCUGCCUGUGGUUUUCAACGAAUGACACAAUUCUAGCUGAUCAGAGGAAACCACCACCGAAAACACAUUUGAGAAAAAGUCAAAAGAAGACUACUUUGACUGAUCUGUCCUGGGAGGAAAGGCUGUCUGAUGUGGUCACCCCUCUAUGGAGGCUGAGUUAUGAUGAGCAACUUGAGCUCAAGCUAAAGCACCAGGAAAGGAUCCUGUCUCAGCUGUCCGGGUAUCUUUCAGGUGAACUACAAUCACAGUCCUCAUUACCUGUCAGAACCAAACUCAGCUUCCCUGUCUUGCCUGUUCUGCCGUCACCAGUUAGGGAUGGUUACCGCAACAAGUCUACCUUUUCUGUUAACCGAGGAGUGGAUGGAAAUCCAAAGACGGUUGGAUUCUACGUGGGCACAGGGAAGAAGGGAAACAUUGUCUGCGUCAAUGGAGACCACCUUCUCAACAUGCCAGAGAUGCACACAAGGGUGGCCAGAUGUUAUCAGGACUUUAUCCGCCUCUCUUCUCUCGAGCCCUGCCUGCUGUUCCACACUGGGGGUCACUGGAGAGAGGUCACAGUGAGGACCAAUGCAGAGGGCCACACCAUGGCUAUAGUGUACUUUCAUCCACAGACGCUGACCCCAGAAGAGGUGGCGGUCCAUAAGGCUGAGCUGCUGGAUUACUUCACGCGAGGGCCGGGAUCAGUCUGCCAGCUGCACUCACUGUUUUUCCAGGAGAGCGCUAUGACUCGCUGUACUCAUGAGCAAUCACCCUACCAGCUCCUGCAUGGUCAGCCACACAUAUACGAGGAGCUGCUGGGAUUCAAAUUCCGCAUAUCUGCCGAUGCCUUUUUCCAGGUGAACCAGGCAGCAGCUGAGGUGCUGUAUAGCACAGUGAGACAACUGUGUAUCCCAAACCCAGAGGAAGGUAGGGAAAGGACACAAUUUGGUGGUACUCUUCUGGAUGUGUGCUGUGGGACAGGUGCCAUUGGCAUUAUUACAUCUCCCAGAGUGGACAGAAUUAUUGGUAUAGAGCUCAUAGAACAGGCAGUGGAAGAUGCUCGACACAACGCAGCUCUCAAUAAUGUACUGAACUGUGAGUUUAUCCCUGGGAAGGCUGAGGUGGCGCUUCCUGGAGUUAUGUCACAGUUGAGCUCUGCAGGUGCAGGUGGAGGGCCUCUGGCAGCUGUGGUGAAUCCUGCGCGAGCUGGCCUCCACUACCGAGUGGUACGAGCUUUACGAAACCAACCUAAUAUCCGCAGGCUGGUCUAUGUGUCCUGCAAACCGGAUGGGGAUGCUAUGAGGAACUUCAGGGAGCUUUGUUGUUCUCCUGACCCGAUGAAGAAACUCACAGGAGAGGCAUUUUCUCCAACUCUGGCUGUGCCUGUAGACAUGUUCCCACACACUCCUCAUUGUGAACUGGUGCUACUGUUUGAGAGGUAGCAGAUGAUUUAGUUCAGAGUUGAGCUUUAAACAAAACUAAUUUCUUUGUAACUCUGAUGUGGCAUCAAGUAAUAAUUCACUGUAUGCUAAAUAUAAUGGCUUAUCUUUAGCCACACACAUUUUCACUUAUUUUCUUGAUUAGACCUUGUUUCAGGGCUGCAACAAAUACUUAAUUAUUCUUUCGAUAAAUCUUUUAGGAUAUACAAUAUACUUACAUUGAGUCCAGUAUGAUGCUUUCAAAUUGCUUGUUUCGUCCACCAACAGUUCAAAUAUCAUAGUAUAUUCAAUUAACAAUGAUAAAGAAAAGAGAAAAAUGGCAAAUCCUCACAUUUGAGCAGUUAGAGCCAGCAAAUGUUGUUGCUGAUUCUUUGGACAAAUUCAAAAGGUCAUUUAGUCUCCGAGUUUUGUGGAGAUAGUGAAAUGUAAGGCUUUACAUGUAGAAGAGGCCAUCUCCUAUAGUGAACGCUACACCACAAACCCUGUCAUGAGACCUGUGACCUCUCAAAAAUAAAAGCCUCUGCAGAUCAACUUAUUUUCACUACAUGAGCUAAUUUUCUGUUAUUUUAGAUAGCGUACACCUUUUUUAAUCUUAUUGUUUUGUGUUGUACUGCACUGACAGAUUGUCUUUUACUACAGCAGGUGAACAGGUGAAAGUUCACCUUGGAUAAGAUAAGAUAAGAAGAUGUACUUUAUUGUUCCCAAAUUGGAAAAUGUUUUUGUCCCACCAGCACGUAAAACAAGGCAUCGCACCUAAUUAGAAUAUAAACAAUUAUAGAAUCUCAAAAUAUAAAAUUAAAUGGAACUAUAAAAGUUGACACUGAAGAUACAAAUCUGUGAACUAUCUAACAAAUAAAACACUAAGGGCCAAAUUACAGCUGACACAAUAUUAAAGUAGGAUAUGAUUUACAUUACAGAGUUGAGUCAACCAAUGUAUUACACUGUGUUUAUCCAUUAUAAACGUCACAAACCUAAAGGUGGCUGAAGAGUUGUUACAAUGGAUUCAUAAUUAUGUGAAAGAUGUUCAUAUUCUUUGUCCACAUUUGAGUGAUUCUCUUUGUCUGCCCUGCAGUAGCUGAAUUUGUGCAACAGAUGGCGCUAUAACCACUUUUAGUAGCCAUCCUAUUUGGUGAUAUCCCAUUCUAUCCAGUUUACUAAAGGUCAAUAUCAUAAUGAGUGUAGUUUGAGUGGUCCACCUUUUUUCCAGAGAGUUUACCAGGGUGUAUGUGAGUCAAUACAUUGCAUCAGGACGUCCUUGGCUUUUAGAUAGGAUGUUUUUUGAUCUCUUGGGUGAAGUCAUGGGAUGAUGAUGCUCAUGAGGGGUUAGCGUGAAGCUGGGAAAUGAACCUUUUUACACUGCCCAGGGUAUAGGGUUUAAACAGGCACAUACAUGCCCUUAUCAUAGUCAUGUUUACUAAAUCUGCUCUUGCUUAUUUUACCAAAAAAAAACAAUACGUUUCUGCGGUUUAUUGU